UUGCUCUGGUGUAUUGGGCUGUCCAGUUACACCUCACUCACUCUUGACACAGCAAGGACAUUUGGCUGAGCACUCAGCGCUCCCGGGCUGGCAGGGGCGUUCAGAGAGUGCUGGAGCUUUUCUGAGUUUGGAUGUUUGGGCUCCGGGGAGACAGGAUGGUGCCGAGAUUUUGGAUGCUGCUGGUGGUUGCGAAGCUGUCGUGGUCCUUUCCGGAAAGAGAGAAGGAUCCCAAUUACUGGCGCCGACAGGCUCAGGUUACCUUGAAACAAGCCCUUGAUCUUCAGAACCUAAACACCAAGAUUGCCAAGAAUGUCAUCAUGUUCCUCGGAGAUGGAAUGGGGGUGCCAACCGUGACUGCUACCAGAAUAUUGAAGGGACAGCUUGCUGGGUAUCCUGGAGAAGAGACCCAGCUGGAAAUGGACAAGUUUCCUUACGUCGCGUUGGCAAAGACGUAUAACACAAACGCGCAGGUACCCGACAGCGCAGGCACAGCCACUGCAUAUUUAUGUGGGGUAAAAGCCAACGAGGGAACGGUUGGGGUGAACGCUGCAGCUGUACGGGGUCACUGCAAUACCACCAAGGGCAACGAGGUGGACUCCAUCCUGAAAUGGGCCAAGCAAGCAGGAAAGUCUGUUGGGGUAGUAACAACGACCAGAGUUAACCACGCCACUCCCAGCGCGUCCUACGCCCACUCUGUUAACCGCGACUGGUACUCCGACAACGAGAUGCCGCCCGACGCCAUUAACCAGGGCUGCAAAGACAUCGCGUGGCAGCUCAUGUAUAACAUCCCCAACAUAGACGUUAUUAUGGGGGGAGGGAGGAAGUACAUGUACCCCAAAAAUACCCCAGACGUGGAAUACCCCAAUGACCCAAAGGCAAACGGCACGCGACUGGAUGGGCUGAAUCUGACUAAAGUCUGGAUGGACAACAAGCCCAACAAGCAGGCCGCCCGUUACGUCUGGAACCGCGAUCAGCUGAUGUCUGUGAGGCCGCAGGACGUGGAUUAUCUACUUGGUCUGUUUGAACCCGUCGACAUGAUGUACGAAUUGGACCGAAACCAGGCUUCAGACCCGUCUUUGCCAGAAAUGGUCGCCGUCGCCAUCGAUAUUUUGACAAAAAACCCAAAUGGCUUCUUUUUACUUGUUGAAGGGGGUAGAAUUGACCACGGACACCACGAGGGGAAGGCCAAGCAGGCCCUGACGGAGGCCGUGCAGAUGGACAUCGCCAUCGGAGUGGCCGCCAGCAAAACCAGCGAAGACAACACCCUGACGGUCGUCACUGCCGAUCACUCUCACGUUUUCACCUUUGGAGGAUACACUUACAGAGGAAACCCCAUUUUUGGUUUAGCGCCAGACUUAAGCGACGUGGACCAGAAGCCAUUCACUUCCAUCCUGUACGGCAACGGCCCCGGCUACAAGAUGGUGGAGGGGUCUCGAGAGAACGUUUCCACGGUGGAUUUCAAUCACAUGAACUAUCAGGCUCAGUCAGCCGUGCCCCUGAAGAUGGAGACGCACGGCGGGGAGGACGUGGCGGUCUUUGCUAAGGGCCCCAUGGCGCAUCUUCUGCACGGAGUCCACGAACAGAACUACAUCCCCCACGUUAUGGCGUAUGCGUCGUGCGUAGGCACAAACUGGGAGCACUGCAGUGCCAGGAGCGCGGCCCCGGGGGAUCCGGCCUCCAUGACGCUGGCCUCCGCGGUGCUGUCUGUCCUCGCGCUCCGCUUCUUGUUUUGAAUUUGAUUUCAGGGAAGUAGAUCUACCUCCAGAUGCACCGAGUACACCGUCAGUCUGCAAAACCUCCACGGAGAACGUCUCGCCGCUGCUAAAACCCCGUCCAGGAACCUCCCUCAGGAAAGGAAUUUACCUCCAGGAUCCAGCUAAUGAAGAGGCCGCGGUGACGGCACCAUGAUUGGAGCCAACAGGGAACUGCCACCCAGCCGCCGCUGCUCCCGAUUCUCCCCAUUAGAUCCAAAUCAGAUUUCUGUCUCCAUUUGGCGGAGGGAGCCGCGGCUCGGAGAUUGGCCGCUCAUACGGCGCCGCUUGUGCCCAACGUGGUGAUAAACGUGGUUCCUUUCCGCCGAUUCCCCGGGGUCUACAGUCGCAUCUCUAAUAACCCUCCCAGCCAGCAGUGGGGCAGAACUACAGCAACACCGGGGCCAUUGUGGCGCGUUCAGCACAUCGACACCGCUCUCCCCGGCACUGGACGGCAGAGUUAAUGUUUGGUACACUGAAGGCGAUUCACGAAGCCGUCAUGUUUUAAACGUUCCACGAUCCACAAACCACUUUUUAUCUCAAUCUUAUAUAUUUGGGGAUUAUUAUCUUCAUGGCGAUUCUCACGAGCGCUUUUUAAUCAGCCGCCCGUUCGGCUCAAAGUAAUAAAAAGGCACGAAUCUGCCCGGCCA